UUAUCACCGCCAUUUGACAACCCUAAAUGCUGUAGGGUGACUCUCGCCUUACUCGCAGAGAAUCAAAAGUACAUCCAACCGCCUCUCUCCUCAAAUGACGAAACCAAAGCACACCAGCAACACCACAACCCUCCACAAUGCCUCCCCCUCCAUCCGCUGCUCCGCACUGACCGACUCAAAUUCGUCCAAGCUGAUCACUGCUAUUUGGAAGACGUCGAUUCGCUCCGACGAUUGCACCAUCACAGACUCGACCAUCCGGGAAGGGUCGUGGAGACCGCGAUGCGAGGUUAGUGGUUCGGCGAUCGGGCGCACGAGUGCCCUACGACCGAGUACGGUGGUGAACUGUCGCGUGACAGGAAGCCGAUUGAAGAAGGCAGAUCUGGUUGAUUGCGACGUCGAGGAUUACGUGAUCGUCAACACGGAUUUGAAGGGGGUAAUGGUCAAGAACGGGAUCUAG